CGCGCUUUUUCUUCCGCCUCACAUCAACUGCUCACACAGUCAAGAUGACGCGAGUCACAGUCAGGCCGCCACAGUGCAGGAGCACGAGUCGUACAAGCUCGCGAUGGGUCAGCAAGCUGGCCUCGCUCGCAGCUGCGGCGACAACGGUUGCCAUCGCACUCUUGGUCAUCUCAGCGCCUAGCGGCGUAGCUGCAGAGGCGAAAGAAGACAUAGGCACAGUCAUCGGUAUCGAUCUCGGAACGACCUAUUCAUGCGUUGGUGUUCAAAAGCAAGGCCGUGUAGAGAUUCUUACCAAUGAUCAAGGCAAUCGUAUUACGCCCUCGUAUGUCGGGUUCGCAGCAGACUCUGGCGAGCGAAUGGUCGGCGACGGAGCAAAGAACCAGGCAGCACAGAACCCGUACAACACCAUCUUCGACGCGAAGCGACUGAUCGGCCGCGCUUUCAACGACAAGGACGUUCAAAAGGACAUGAAGCACUACCCUUUCAAGGUUGUUGACAAGGCCGGAAAGCCCAACAUUCAAGUCAAGGUCGCCGGCGAGACACGUACCUUCACACCUGAAGAGAUCUCAGCCAUGAUCCUUGGCAAGAUGAAAGAGACGGCAGAAGCCUAUCUCGGUCAUAAAGUCACUCAUGCCGUCGUCACCGUCCCGGCUUACUUCAAUGACGCACAAAGACAAGCUACUAAGGACGCCGGCGUCAUUGCCGGCCUCAAUGUCAUGCGUAUUGUCAACGAACCCACCGCAGCAGCAAUUGCCUACGGUCUUGACAAGACGGGUGGCGAACGUCAGAUCAUCGUCUACGAUCUCGGUGGUGGUACUUUCGAUGUCUCCCUCCUUUCGAUCGAUGAUGGCGUCUUUGAGGUUCUGGCGACGGCAGGUGACACCCAUCUCGGUGGUGAAGACUUUGACAACCGAGUCAUCGACUACUUUGUGAAGCAAUGGGCUCGCAAGCACAACGGUGCAGAUAUCACCAAGAACCAGCGCACGAUCGGCAAGCUAAAACGUGAAGUCGAAAAGGCAAAGCGUACCCUCUCGUCUCAGAUGUCGACUCGUCUCGAAAUCGAGUCUUUCUUCGAAGGCGAAGACCUUUCAGAGACGCUCACCCGUGCCAAGUUCGAGGAGCUCAACAUUGACCUCUUCAGAAAGACAAUGAAGCCGGUCGAGCAAGUCCUCAAGGAUGCCAAUGUCAAGAAGGAAGAUGUCGACGAUGUCGUUCUUGUCGGCGGCUCUACGCGUAUUCCAAAGGUCCAGCAGCUCCUCAAGGAGUACUUCGAUGGCAAGGAGCCUUCCAAGGGCAUCAACCCCGAUGAGGCUGUCGCUUAUGGUGCCGCCGUUCAAGGUGGUAUUCUCUCGGGCGAAGAAGGUCUCAGCGACAUGGUCCUCAUCGAUGUCUGCCCGCUCACGCUCGGAAUCGAGACCACUGGUGGUGUCAUGACUAAGCUCAUCGGCCGCAACACCGUCGUCCCGACCAAGAAGUCUCAGAUCUUCUCUACCGCAGCUGACAACCAGCCAGUCGUUUUGAUUCAAGUCUUCGAAGGCGAGCGAUCAAUGACCAGAGACAACCAUCAGCUUGGCAAGUUCGAGCUUACCGGAAUCCCGCCUUCGCCUCGUGGCGUUCCUCAAAUUGAGGUCAGCUUCGAGAUUGACGCCAAUGGUAUCAUGAAGGUUGCUGCUGCCGAUAAGGGCACUGGCAAGUCGGAGACCAUCACGAUCACCAACGACAAGGGCAGACUGUCUCAAGAAGACAUUGACCGCAUGGUCAAGGAGGCAGAAGAAUAUGCCGACCAGGACGAGGCUGCGCGAAAGAAGGUCGAAGCUCGCAACCAAUUGGAGGCCUUCAUCUUUGGUCUCAAGUCUCAGUUGGCUGAUCAGGAAGGACUCGGCGGCAAGAUCGACGGUGAUGACCGCAAGACGAUCGAAGCAGAACUCAAGACCCGUCAAGAAUGGCUCGAUGAGAAUGGCGCGACAGCGACUGCCGAAGACUUUGAUGAGCAGAGAGAAGCUGCUUCGAGCGCGAUCAGCCCCAUCACAUCCAAGCUUUACGCUGGUCAAGGUGGUCCUGGUGGCCCGGGCGGCGAAUCUGACGAACCUUUGCAUGAUCGCGACGAGCUGUAAGCUUGCGCUGUUAGAUUUUCCAAAUACAAAACUGCUUUACC